AGGAGAGCGGUUCUGGUGUGCUUCACAAGCAGGGCCAUCUUUGGUCGUCCUCGCCGGUGACAGAGUGCUCAGCCCAUUCCAGUCAUCAUUGUUAAUAAUACAUAGCGUCCGACUUUAAGGAGCUAUUUAAACCCGUUUUUAAUAAAAGGAAAGGAGAAAAGGGAGGGCGCUGUCCUGCUGCUUGGACUGACCGGCACUAAUUCCUCCAGCACCUUUCAUUUCUAAAGGCAACAGAAGGAGAAAAAAAGAGGGAGAGGACGGGAGAGGCGGCGAUCCAAAAUGGAUGAGGAAUAUGAUGUGAUCGUUUUGGGCACUGGACUCACAGAAUGCAUUCUGUCUGGGAUCAUGUCAGUGAACGGGAAGAAGGUCCUGCACAUGGACAGGAACCCUUACUAUGGUGGAGAAAGCUCAUCAAUUACACCCCUGGAGGAGCUUUACAAGCGCUUCAACCUACAAGAUAGCCCGCCUGAAUCGAUGGGCAGAGGAAGGGACUGGAAUGUUGACCUCAUCCCCAAGUUUCUCAUGGCUAACGGUCAGCUUGUAAAGAUGCUGCUAUACACAGAGGUGACACGGUAUCUGGACUUCAAAGUAGUGGAGGGAAGUUUUGUUUACAAAGGAGGGAAGAUCUACAAGGUGCCCUCAACCGAAACCGAAGCCCUCGCUUCAAACCUGAUGGGGAUGUUUGAGAAGCGAAGGUUCCGGAAGUUCCUCGUCUUUGUGGCCAAUUUUGAUGAAAAUGACCCCAAAACAUUUGAGGGUGUGGACCCUAAAGCCACAACGAUGAGGGAUGUUUACAAGAAGUUUGACCUGGGUCAGGAUGUCAUUGACUUCACUGGCCACGCCUUGGCCCUCUACAGGACAGAUGACUACCUUGACGUUCCCUGUCUGGAGACGAUAAACCGCAUCAAACUCUACAGUGAAUCCCUGGCGCGUUACGGGAAGAGCCCUUACCUCUACCCUCUGUAUGGUCUAGGGGAGCUGCCACAAGGAUUUGCCAGGUUGAGCGCCAUUUACGGAGGAACCUACAUGCUGAACAAGCCGGUGGAGGAGAUUGUGAUGGAGGGUGGUAAAGUGGUUGGAGUGAAGUCUGAGGGAGAGGUGGCUCGCUGCAAGCAGCUCAUCUGUGACCCCAGUUACAUCUCGGACCGCGUCCGUAAGGUGGGCCAGGUGAUCCGUGUCAUCUGCAUCCUGAGCCACCCUAUCAAAAACACCAACGAUGCCAACUCCUGCCAGAUUAUUAUUCCUCAGAAUCAAGUCAACCGCAAUUCGGACAUCUACGUCUGCAUGAUCUCUUAUGCUCACAACGUGGCGGCCCAGGGGAAAUACAUCGCCAUCGUCAGCACCACGGUGGAAACCAGUGAACCAGAGACAGAGAUCGAGCCAGCGCUGGAGCUGCUGGAGCCCAUCGACCAAAAGUUUGUGGCUAUUAGUGACCUUUAUGAACCAACGGAUGAUGGUACUGAGAGCCAGGUCUUCGCCUCCAGAUCCUACGAUGCCACGACCCACUUUGAGACCACAUGCAACGACAUCAAGGACAUCUACAAGCGCAUGACCGGAACCGACUUUGACUUCGAGAACAUGAAACGCAAACAGAACGACGUGUUUGGGGAGGACGAACAGUGAGGGGAGGCGGGCUUUCUGAGAGUGGGCGGGACCAGGACAGGAAGCAAGGGGUAAAAAGUUGCGAAGAGGCGGCUGAACCUGCAGCAGAGAGCCAGGACUGCCUGAGCGGUGCUUCAAACGGUG